AUGAAUACUCCAGAUGAAGAGAAGCAGAAGAAGUAUGUUGAUAUGGACUUAUUUGAACAGAUACAGAAAAUGCAAAUGAUGCAGCUGCAGGGUGAAGAGCCCCACCUGGACAGGGUGAGCCUGGCCCAGCUGACCCAGCUCUUCCUGAGCUCCGUCCUGGAGGGCCCCUUGUAUAAGGGCCGCAAGCUGCUCCCCAAGUACCAGGUGAACUCAUUCCUCACGCCGUGCUGCUCCAUAGAGACCCCUCUGGACUUCCAUCUGUACAAGUCUGUCAUAAGCGGCCUCGUCCAGCUUCUGGGAGCAAGGACGUACUUUGGCUCCAGAGUGCUCACCCCCUCCUGCUACACAAUCGAUGUGGAAAUCAAGCUGGACAGAGAGGGCUUUGUGUUGCCAUAUACAGCCAACGAAGAGGUGCAUAAAAGGGUGGUGCUGUGUAUAGAUAACCCCAAAAGAUUUUGCUCCAAUACCAACCACCUUCUGGGCAGAGAAGCCAUUAAACAGAGGCACCUCCAUCUGCUCGGCUAUGACGUCGUCCAGCUCCCCUACCACGAGACGAAGCUGCUGGAACUGGUGGAGUAUUUACAGAGAAAGCUGUUCCCUCAGAAUCCCAGGCCUCAGCACGCGGCCCUCACCAUGGACAGGAGAGACUCCAGGCUGGAAGUGUCUAUGGGGGGCACCAAGCCUGCGGGGCACACUGUGCAGGGUCCUUUCCGGGCCUGGGGCUGCGCAGAGACACCCCACCACCACCACCUCAGCAGCUAA